UGACCUUUAAGCGCGCCAUGUUGCGGACACGUGGUUGAUCGAAGAUGACAGCUCCGAGAUGCCCGCAAAGACAGAGCAAAGUUGCUGGGCAGAGCUCUUGUACGGCAAAGCGUGCUGCUUGUGGAACUGCAUCUUCGCUCCAUGCGUAUUGAGCUUUUGGAGCUGCGCCAUCUACUGCUGUGGAUGUCUCAGAAUCUACGCAACUCGUAAUGCGCAGUCGACCCUCUUCAAGGAUGCCGACUUCCCUGCCAAUGCAGUAUCAUUGGGUGAUCUUCAAGAGGAUGUAAUUUGGUUGCGUGCCACGAAGUAUGCGAGGACAAAGAGCCUACAACUUGUGGACGAGACCAUAAACAUCCACAGACUCUGUCAAGGUGCCAGUGGUGAAACGUGGCUCCUCUCAGCCAUUGCUUGCAUAGGAGAGCGCAGGGCGCUGCACCACUUGUUCGAGAGCGUCGAAAGAAGUUCGCGAGGGAAGUAUAUUCUGAAACUUUUUGAUGGUGUUCAGCAACAGUGGCAGAGGAUCAUCAUUGACGACAGGAUCCCCUGUGACCGGGCUGCCUAUGAAAACGAUAAGAGCUUCCAUCCCAGCUUUCUGACGAACAAGGAGAACGACCUCUUCCUCCUCCUGAUCGAAAAGGCCUUUGCCAAGUUCAUGGGUGGCUACCAGCGCCUGAAAGAGGGAUCAACUGCUUGGGCCCUGAGCGCCAUGACUGGCGAUCCAACCAGGAUCUUUGUCCGCAGCGAAAAUGGCAUGUGGACCAGGAAAGAGUUGGAGGAUGAAGUCGAUGCCGACGGUCAACGAAGCCUGUCCUUGUUUGACACAGGAGUAGAGUUGGCUCCUGAAGUUCUGUUCGAAGUGCUGAGGAAGUAUUGUCUGCUGGAGAGCGUGCUUUGUGCUGCCGGAGCCAAUCCAGCGAGUGGUCUGCAUCCGAAGCACGCCUACAGCAUUCUGGAUGUCCGGAAGGUGCAGGGCGGCAUCAAGCUGGGUGGCGGAGAGUGGCAGCGAGCUGUACAGAUGCGCAACAUUUGGCCAAGCGGCAAGGAGAAAAGCCUGUCGCGUAAAUCCUCGCAAUUGCGGUCCAUUGCCAGAGAGACGGUGGAAUUCGAUGACCACGAUGAUAGUAUUCUGUGGAUGUCCUGGGAAGACUUCUUGUCGACCUGGCGGACCAUCUCAGUUGUUGAUCCUCCGAGUGGCAUCGGCAGCCUCCGACUGCAGGUCUCUGGAGGCUCUCCGCUGGCUCCAGCAGCGGCGUGUCUCGUAGGCUGCUGCAGCUUCUGGUGUGGCCUCGGCUGUCAUCAUCUCUACUGUCCAUAUCGCGUGGUGGCUGGCGAGAAUGGCAAGGACGUGGGCACAGCAUGCUGCUGCUUUGGUGCACGUUCCACCUAUGCCGUCCGCUCGUCAGAGUUGGACCCGGGAGCCUCUACAAUGUUGGGCCUGCAGUUGGAAAAGGAAUGACCGGAAGACUUCGCUGCCAAUGAUGCAGCCAUGGGUCCAAUGGGUCAUUCCACCCCCAUGUCCAGCCAAAGAUGAAGCGAUGGUCCCAU